UUAAAGCUUGGCGUUGCUGUAUCUAGGGUAAAAAGGUUAAUAUCCAGAAAAAAAAGAGAACAAACGUUAUUUAUUUAACAGCUAAUUACGAAAGGCGAGAUUGUCGGAUUAAAAAAAAAAUCAACAGUAAUUCUACAUUACCAUGUUUUAGCACAUAGACCACCGAAGGUAAAGUUUGCAGUUGAUACGAUAUUGUGUUGGUUGCUCUUUGUUUUAGUAGUUUAUGCAUUUUAUUUUGGAGUUUGAUUCUGUUUUAUCACUUGGAAUUACACUGCAAAAGAAAUGCCAUCCCGUGUAGAAGAUUACGAAGUUCUGUACACCAUUGGAUCAGGAUCCUAUGGAAAAUGUCAGAAGAUACGAAGGAAAUCUGAUGGAAAGGUUCUGGUUUGGAAGGAACUAGACUAUGGUACCAUGACCGAAGCAGAGAAGCAGAUGUUGGUUUCAGAAGUGAACCUGCUCCGUGAACUCAAACACCCAAACAUUGUUCGCUAUUACGAUCGUAUCAUUGACAGAAGCAACACAACACUCUACAUAGUAAUGGAACACUGUGAAGGAGGAGACUUAGCCAGUCUAAUCACCAGAUGUAUUAAAGAAAGGCGAUAUCUGGAUGAAGAAUUCAUUCUUAGAGUUCUUGCUCAGCUGACUCUUGCCUUGAAAGAGUGCCACAGAAGGAGCGAUGGAGGCCACACUGUGCUUCAUCGGGACCUCAAGCCUGCAAAUAUAUUUCUGGAUGCCAAACAGAAUGUGAAACUGGGAGAUUUUGGAUUGGCCAGAAUCUUGAACCAUGACACCAGCUUCGCAAAAACAUAUGUGGGCACUCCAUAUUAUAUGUCUCCAGAGCAAAUUAAUCGAAUGUCUUACAAUGAGAAGUCUGAUAUCUGGUCCCUGGGUUGCUUGUUGUAUGAGCUCUGUGCAUUAUCGCCCCCAUUCACAGCAUAUAACCAGAAAGACUUGGCAGAAAAAAUAAGAGAAGGAAAAUUCAGGCGAAUUCCUUAUCGGUACUCUGAAGAACUGAAUACAGUCCUUUCCAGAAUGCUGAAUUUAAAGGAUUAUUUAAGACCGUCGGUUGAAGCCAUCAUCCAGAACCCUCUGAUAGAAGAAAUGGUUGCUGAAGAACAGAGAAAAAAUGUAGAAAAGAAUCGGAGGAGAUCAACUGAACACGAGAAAAUUGAGCCUUCAGAUUCACUGGCAGCUGAACUGAAACUGAAGGAACAGCAGCUUCAGGAGAGAGAGCGGGCUCUGAAGGAGCGUGAGGGGAGGCUUGAACGUAUGGAGAGAGAGCGAGAACUCUGUAUUCGGGAGAGUUUGUCAAAUGAAAAACUUGCAAGGGCUGAGAAUUUAAUGAAGAACUAUAAUCUAAUGAAGCAGCAGAAGGUCCUAUCCACUGUGUUUUCUAAUGCACUAGAUGAGUACAUGGAUGAGGGCUCCUCUCCAGGAAAGAAGAAAGUUCACUUUGCUGGAGAUAGUAAAGAAAAUGAGAAGCCUGACAUAAUAAAAGAGAAAGAGCUUCUUAAUAAAGAAAAAUGCCAGGACCUGAAGAAAAGAUUACAGGCAGCCAAUCUCCGAGCAAAAGCCUUGUGUGAAGUGGAAAGAAACUACCAGCUCAAAAGCCGUCAAGUUCUAGGCAUGCGUUAAUUAUGAAAGUGGUGUGUAUAUAACAUGUAUAUGGGUUUAUUAGUUUUUAAGUGUACUUUUAUUUAUAUAUAUUUUAAGUCGCAAUGGAC